UCCCCCACCCCACCCCACCGCCCCUCCCCCUCGCCUCGUUGCGUGCCCCCGCCGCCGCCUCGACGUCCGCCGGCGACCCAGCCGGCAGCCCGCGGCCGGCUCCACGCCGGGUGGCGGCCUCCUCCUCCUCUGCCCCUGCCGCUGCCGUUGCCUCGGCUGCCGCGGCCCGCACGCGGUCGGCCGGCCGCGACGACCCAUGGCGGCGACCGCGGAUCCGAGGGCGAAGCCGCCGCCCGCGGCGCCGUCGCACCACCUGAUGAAGCCGUGGGCGCCCCAGCCGCCUCGCGCCCACCGCGUGCCCUCGCGCCCGGAAGUUGCCGAGGGAGGCGGGGCGCGCGAUCGGCGCCGCUCCGCCUCGUCGCACCGACGUGUCGGCGCCGCCGCUGCGGAGGAGGAGCCGCCGGCCUGCGAAGCCCGGCUGGAAGAUCUCCGGGCCAAGCUCAUGGGCCACCUCCGCGACGCCGCCGGCCGCCUCCGUCUGCCGCCGGCGCGGAAGCCGCAGCCCCGGUCGCCGGAGCCGGAGCCCGAGCGUCGGCCUCCGGCAGCGCCGCUUCCGCCGCCCGAGCAGCAGGAGGGCGCGGCCCCAGCGGCUACGGCCGCCCGGCCGUGGAACCUGCGCGACCGGAAGUGCCGCCGGCAGACGGCACGUGGGGCGGCCGCGGCGCUCGACGCGUCCCCCGCGUGGGAGCCUGCGGCGGAGAAGGCGCGGGCCGACGGCGACGCGCGCGCGCCCUUCGCCGUGGCGCUCACGGCGGAGGAGGUGGAGGAGGACGUGUACGCGCUGACCGGCACCCGGCCGCGGCGGCGGCCCCGGAAGCGCCCGCGCGUCGUGCAGCGGCAGCUCGAUACGCUGUUCCCCGGGCUGUGGCUCACCGAGAUCACCGCCGACGCCUACAAGGUCCCCGACGAGUAGCGCAAGCUGCAACAGCAACCCGCCACCACCUGCAGCUCCGGCGGGUUCUUCCUCGCCAUUCUACACGCCCUUGUUACGAGUCACGGAAAGCAUCAAGCGCAAACCUGUCUGUAACUUGCUAGGUCUAGUCGAGCUGAUGAUAGCUACCUGUGGUCGCUCGCCAUGUCCCAUCCCGUGUAACCUUUUUUUCCCCUUUCACUUAAAAAUCUUAAGCAGUGAGUGUGUCCAUCGAUCUCUCGCUCUCCGGGUGCAGAGGACGACGGGACGGUCGCGCGCGCGCGUGGUCGGAUGCUUGUAACCCACUCCCAGAUCCUUAUCCACCCAUGCCGUCUGGUAGUGGCCGGCAGGCCUUCUA